AUGUCUGACGAUGACUUCAUGCAAGAUUCGGAUGAGGGCUACAGGUAUGACUUUGAGUAUGAGGAAGACGAUGAUGAUCAAGAGAAUGGUGAUGUCGAUAUCGAAAACAAGUACUACAAUGCCAAGCAGAUGAAGGUCAACGAUCCAGAAGGCGCAAUCGAAGAAUUUCUAGGAGUACCUGCGCUUGAGAAGGAGAAGGGCGACUGGGGGUUCAAAGGUCUGAAGCAGGCGAUCAAAUUGGAGUUUAAGCUUGGUCUCUAUGAAAAGGCUGUCGAACACUAUUCAGAACUCCUCACAUAUGUCAAGAGCGCAGUCACCCGGAACUACUCAGAAAAGUCUAUCAACAACAUCUUAGAUUACAUCGAGAAGGGAUCUGAAGAUGCUGCAGCUGGGAAGUGCAUGGAGGAGUUCUAUUCCAAGACCCUGGAGUCCUUCCAAAGCACAAACAACGAGAGACUCUGGUUGAAGACCAACAUCAAGCUCCUGAAGCUCUAUCUCGAUCGAAAGGACUACAUUGUCGUUACGAAGAAGCUGCGAGAGCUUCAUAGGGCAUGCGAACGGGAGGAUGGCUCUGACGAUCCAAGCAAAGGCACAUACUCUCUGGAGAUCUACGCCCUGGAGAUUCAAAUGUAUGCCGAGACGAAGAACAACAAGCAGUUGAAGCGAUUGUACCAGCGAGCUCUGAGAGUCAAGUCAGCAGUACCUCAUCCUAAGAUCAUGGGCAUCAUCAGAGAAUGUGGUGGCAAGAUGCACAUGAGCGAGGAGAACUGGAAGGACGCACAGAGUGACUUCUUCGAAUCGUUCCGCAACUACGACGAAGCUGGUUCCUUGCAGCGAAUCCAAGUUCUAAAGUACUUAGUCCUUACGACCAUGCUGAUGAAAUCGGACAUCAAUCCCUUCGAAUCACAGGAGACCAAGCCCUACAAGAACGACCCUCGAAUCGCAGCCAUGACCAACCUCGUAGAUGCUUACCAACGAGACGACAUUCACCAGUACGAGUCAGUUCUCAACGACAACAAGGACCUGAUGUCCGACCCAUUCAUCGCCGAGAACAUCGACGAAGUAACCCGCAACAUGCGCACCAAAGCCGUCCUCAAGCUCAUCGCACCCUACACCCGCUUCAACCUCGCCUUCAUCGGCAAGGCGCUCAAGAUCCCCGUCUCGGAAGUACAAGACAUCCUCGGCUUCCUGAUCGUCGACAAGAAAGUACACGGCAAGAUCAACCAGCGCGACGGCACGGUCGAGAUCGAGGACUCCAGCGACGCGGACCGCCUGCGCGCCAUGACCGAGUGGACGGCUGCCCUCGACUCCCUGUCCCGCACCGUGUUCGCCGACGGCGAGGGCUUCAAGAUGCCUGAUGUGCAGCAGAUUGGCAUGGACGACCUGGCGAGCCUGGGGUUCGGCGCCGGUGGUGGAAACGCGAAGCCUUCUGCUGCUACAUGGGGGAACCCGAGUCUGGGGGGAGGAUUAGGAGCGUCGAACCAUAGGAAGAAGUUAGGCAAAAAGGGAGGAGGAAGUAGCAGCGGUGGACAAUCGGCUACGGUGAAUGCAUUGCUGCAUUGA